GAGAUAGGUGGCAAAAUAAAAUAAAAAAACCCUCCAAAAUCCGGUAUUUAUAGGUGCCGUGCCAUAGGCUAGAGUUAUCUCUGCAAUGAUAGUUCUACUCACUGCCUGAAACAGCUAUCAUCACAGUUUGAAACUCCAAGGGCCUAACGAACCCUUUUGAUUUCCUCCCUCAUCUUCUCUGUUUUGUUAUGCGUUUGAUCUAAUCUAAUAUCUUAGCUGUUCUCUUUCUUGAGAUUUUUGGGGUUUCUCUCGUUUCCAAGUUCUACAGCUCCUGACUAGCUCGUUCACAUCCCCUUUGCUCCUUCCUUGCUUAUUUCACACGUUAUUUAAACUCCUAACUGCCUAGAACUCGUUCUCCCUUCUUCAAACACACACACACACACACGUACAACCCUCGUUUCACUUCUUCGUCAAUCUUACUGCUAAAGUUCUUGAAGCUGCUUCUUUUGGCUCGUUCUUCUCUCUCUCUAGUUGGAUUUUGGUUACAAGUUCUUACGAAUACUAGACGACCCUUUUUAUAUGGGAGAAGAUAGAAUGGAUAUGAUGGUGGUUAGAGAGUUUGAUCCAAGCAGAGAUGUAGUUGGUGUCGAAGAAGUAGAGAGAAGUUGUGAAGUUGGUUCCAGCGGCAAGUUCUCUCUCUUCACCGACCUCCUAGGUGACCCAAUUUGCAGAGUCCGCAAUUCUCCUGCUUUCCUCAUGCUGGUGGCUGAGAUGGGUGGAGAGAUAGUGGGGAUGAUAAGAGGUUGCAUCAAAACCGUCACAUGUGGCGAGAGGAUCUCAAGAAAAGUGAACAACUACUCCGUCUCCUACAAACCAGUCCCUGUUUACACCAAAGUGGCUUACAUUCUAGGCCUUCGUAUCUCUCCUUCCCACCGGAGGAUGGGUCUAGGGCUAAAAUUGGUAUGUCAAAUGGAAGAUUGGUUUCGUCAAAACGGCGCUGAAUAUUCAUACAUGGCUACUGAAAGCGACAACCACGCUUCCGUUAAGCUCUUCACCGGCAAAUGCGGCUACUCGACGUUCCGUACUCCUUCGAUCCUGGUUAACCCGGUCUUCGCUCACCGAGUCACCGUGUCAAACCGAGUCACAAUCAUCAAACUUACCCCACCCGACGCCGAGUUGCUGUACCGACGUCGCUUCGCCACUACUGAGUUUUUCCCCCGUGAUAUCGACUCCGUCCUUAAGAACAAGCUUAAUGUAGGAACUUUUCUGGCUGUGCCACGUGACAGUUUAAGAUUUGGGUUGUGGGCCGGGUCGGAUCACUUCUUAUCCGACCCGCCUGAGUCAUGGACUGUGCUUAGCGUGUGGAAUUGCAAGGAUGUUUUUAGACUUGAAGUGCGUGGCGCGUCACGCUUGAAGCGAACAUUUGCUAAAACGACAAGAAUCGUCGACAAGGCUUUUCCGUUUUUGAAGUUGCCUUCAGUGCCUGCGGUGUUCAGGCCUUUUGGGUUGUAUUUUAUGUAUGGUCUGGGAGGUGAAGGGCCGCGCGCGGCUAAAAUGAUGAAAGCGUUGUGCGGUCACGUGCACAACUUGGCUAGAGAGAGUGGGUGUGGAGUGGUGGCUACAGAGGUGGCAAAUAGCGAACCGCUUAAGUUUGGGAUACCACACUGGAAAAUGCUAUCGUGCGCAGAGGAUUUAUGGUGCAUCAAAAGGCUCGGGGAGGACUACAGUGACGGGCCUGUUGGCGACUGGACAAAGUCAUCACCUGGCUUGUCAAUUUUUGUUGACCCUCGAGAGUUCUAAGACACUUUGUCUCGUAGAAACACCAUCAAAGAAAGAAAAAUCCAUAUUUUUUCUUCUUUUUGGAGGGGAGUUUUUAGACGUGGUGGAGAAUCUUAGGGGAUGGAAAGAAAAUAAUAAAGAAUGAGGAUUUUGUUGUAGAACGGGAAUAUCCUUACGUUCGAUAAUAUUCUCAGCUUGUGUAAAUGGAUGCUAGAUCCUCUUGUAACCUUUGUUUCUUGUGGUCAUCUCUUCAGCCUUUCAGCUUUAUUUAUAUAUUCCGAGGUGUGCCCGUGGAAGUGAUUCAGAUGAGAUCAAUCACAUGUGGAUCGGAAUAAACCAUUUGUAGUUGAUAUGUUCACAUGCAAAAACCUAUCUAUCAUUUGCCUUUACUUCGAUUA